ACGACUCGUGUCUGAGCUCGCAUCGGCUCACCGCGAACAGGCACCCAUAGUCACCGGUGAAUACUGAUUCAGUAUUGCUGAAUAGUAAGUGUCUAAAAAAAUGUUAAAACCAACCAAACCGAUUAAACCGAGCCGACCAAACCGCACCGCUAUAGGUUAGAAAACCGACCCUAAUCGGUAUGCAUCGGUUUUAAUUAAGAGAAAACCGAUCCCUAUCGGUUCGGUAACAAAUUUGAGAAAAUAUCAAACCGACCGAACCGCGCACAUCCCUAAAUUAGCCAAAGUCUUUUUCACAAAAGGCGUGGCAUUAUUUCUUUCAAAUCGUUAUCUUGAAAUAAGAGGCCAUCUAGAAGACUAGAACUAGAAGUCAGCAUUCCCACGCUGAGGCGCGUUUGCCACAUUUUCCGGGAAGCUCUAGUUGCAUUAUUAAUUCACUCAAUCAGACAAAAUGUCAGAGCACUAUAUAUAAGCACCUAAUCUAUUGCCAUUAGCAUAAAGUCCUCUCUCAGAAAAGGAACUAGCAUAAACAAACAGAAUAAAGGUUUUGUAUUCACUGUUCCAAGAAAAGAAAAUGGCAGAGAAAACGAACCAGCAGGUAUACCCUUUCAUACCAGCAACUAAGCAACCCAGAAAUGAUGAAGAGUCUGGCGCUUUAACUUCUGAUCAGGAGCUCAAGAGAAAGAAAAGGAUCAACUUAGCCAUAUAUAUUGCUGCUUUUGCUGUGUUUCAGACCAUUGUCAUCUUGGUCUUUGCUCUCACUGUGAUGCGUGUUAAGACCCUUAAGGUCAGAUUGGGAACUGAUGUCACGUUCCAGAACUUCAGCACUGGUACCCAAGCAUCACCUGCCUUUGACUUGAGCUUCAAAACCCAAGUUCGGGUUAAGAACACAAACUUUGGUCCCUACAAAUUUGAUAGCACCAUUGCCACGUUCAUGUACCAGGGUGUGACAGUGGGGCAAGUCAUUAUUCCUAAGGGUAAGGCUGGGCUACGUUCGACCAAAAAAGUUGGUGUCACAGUAAAUGUGAAUUCAAAUGCGCUGCCAAGUACUACCAAUCUUGGAAGUGAGUUAGGUGCUCACGUUUUAACUCUGAACAGCCAUGCCAAACUUAGUGGGAAAGUGGAGUUGAUGUUUAUAAUGAAGAAGAAGAAAUCAGCCGAAAUGAACUGCACUAUGACUAUUGAUUUGUCAACAAAGGCGGUCCAAUCUAUGAUUUGCUAGUAAACAUAAACGCUGUUUAGCUUUAUUUCUUUUAAUUCUAUAUUCUUUUGAUGGAUUUGUAAUUGUUUUGUUCUUAUUAUCAUAAUUGUUUGGAA